UCGUUGAUUCAUUGACGUCGGCACUGUGUGGCCUUUUAAAAGCGCUCCCAAACAUCUCCGUGAGUUCCAUUCGUUUGCCAUUAGUCUGGUGGAUCGGUCUUGGCACAGUUAGGCACACGAUGACACGACGCUGAGUGGGUUAUGCCGGUUGUGUGAAACGUGUUUUUGCGACGGUCGCGCGUGAUUCCCCCAAAAACGUCAGCUGUUAGGAGAGAGAGAAAGAGAGAGAGAGAGAGGGCAACCAGAUAUCUACCUGCGUUUUUGGAGGGGUGAGAGAGGGUGCGUUUUUAUUGCUUGAUGCAGGUGAAUGCUGUCUAGGGGUGGUGGUAUAGAGCCGUGUGUGCUUUGAAGAUCAUUAGUACGAUCGAGCGGUGUGUGGUGAGUCGAAGUUGUUUUGAAGUUCGCUGUAUGUUUGCUUUGAGUUGUCUGUGUUUGAAGAAAAAUUUGAAAUAAUCAAAAUAGUUCAAAACAGUGUAAGCUGCAGUUGAAAGUGAAAUGAAAUGAGAAAAAGAAGAGAUUGAGGCAAUCAAAUCGAAAACGGCGCCUUGAGUUGUUUGCUCAGCUGAUAGCAAAGCGCCAGCGGAACACCGAUUGAGUUCCCGUUUUCUGGAAUGAAUUAGAAAUUUGCAAGACUCAUCCUUCCACAUAAUUGACUUAUCACUCAACGAUGGCUGCCAACGGGCUGUACACCACGCGUGGUGAUGACGAUCAAACAUCUGUCCGUUACAUUGUUGACUCAAAAGAGGAAAUUGCACUCUCAACACUCGGCUUGGAUGACGCACCGACCGCUACAAGCAAGGCGAAGCAAUACGGCGCCAUGAAACGAUACACCUCGAUACUCGUCAUCAACGGAUGCGUUGCGGUGUUUUUUGCAUUCGCCACGAAACGCUUCAUUCAGAAUGAGCGAAACUGCCAAACGAACUGCGACAUGCAGUGGUGCGACGGGUACGGGAUGUUGGUGCUUCUGCUUGCGUUUGCCUACGCCGGGAUGCUUUACUUUCUGCUCUUGAAGCCCAUCUGCGGACCGCCACUCUCCAGGAAGUUUGCCCCGGUUGCAGCCCUUUGCCAACGGACGUUUCGCUUACGCGCUGUAAAACUCUCCCUGGGUGCGAUCGUGCUUCUCGGAUUCGCUAUAUUCCUGUACUUUGACGCGCGUGACGACACCAUCCGAUUGAUGCCGCUCACGGGGAUGGUUGUGAUGCUGGCGCUCUCCUUUCUGGUCUCGAAACACCGCCGCUCUAUCAACUAUCGUCCCGUGUGUGCGGGCCUGCUCGUGCAGGCGCUGCUCGGUCUGAUUUGCAUCCGCUGGGACGUAGGGCGAGCCAUUUUCUCCUGCAUCGGGGCAAAGGUUGACACCUUCCUGAGCUAUUCCUCCGUCGGUGCUGGCUUCGUUUACGGCGAUGCACUCAUCAACCAGUACGCCGUGUUUGCGUUUGCCGUGCUGAGUGUGAUCUACUUCUUUAGCUUCUUCAUCUCCGUGCUGUACUAUCUCGGCGCGAUGCAGUGGGUCGUGCUGAAGCUGGGGUGGAUCCUCCAGUCCCUCAUGGGAACGACGGUUUGUGAAGGCAUUAUGGCGGCGGCCAACAUCUUUCUCGGCAUGAGCGAAACACCACUCAUCAUCCGACCGUACGUGAAGGAUCUAACGCACUCGGAGCUGCACUCCGUAAUGGCAUCGGGGUUUGCGACCGUCUCGGGGACGGUGCUGGCCGCCUACAUCUCGUUCGGCGCCAGCCCGGGACAUCUCGUGACGGCGAGCGUCAUAUCCGCACCGGCCGUGCUGUGCGUGGCGAAGAUCAUCUAUCCCGAGGUGGAGGAAAGCAAAACGACCUCUGAAAACAUUCAAAUUGAAAAGUCCACGGAUUCCUCUGUUGUUGAUGCCGCCUGCAAUGGUGCCAGUUCGGCCACCUCACUCAUCCUCGGCAUCAUUGCCAAUCUGAUCGCGUUCGUGUCGUUUGUGGCGUUCUGCAACGGCGUGCUGGCCUGGCUCGGCAUGCUGGUGGGAGUGGACGGCGUUUCGUUGGAGUGGUUCUGUGGCUACAUCUUCCGUCCCCUUGCCUUCGUGAUGGGUGUGUCCUGGAAGGACAGUGAGCAUGUGGGGCAGGUGAUCGGCAUUAAGACGGUGGUGAACGAGUUCGUCGCCUACCAGCGGCUAGGGGAGCUCAUACGCAGCGAAAUCAUAACGAAACGAUCGGCAACGAUAGCGACUUACGCGAUUUGUGGCUUUGCAAACCCCAGCUCGUUGGGAAUUAUGAUAGGGGCGAUGAGUGCGAUGGCGCCCGAACGGCGCAGCUCCAUUACUGCCGUGUCGUUUCGUUCCUUUAUUACCGGUUCGGUUGCCUGCUUCAUGACCGCGUGCAUUGCAGGACUUCUGAUCGACGACUUUCAAGGGUCGAAUGGUACACCGCUCAAUGUUUCGACUUCAUUAAACUCUACUGUGUAAGACUCAACAUUGAUGAGAUAUUCACAUCAACUGUAAAUAAAAAGUAUUAAUUAGUUUCACUCGAAUAAAGCCAUGGUGCUGCUGUGCUGUGUUACUAUACAUUUAUUCACGAGCAAGCCAAAUAA